AGAGAGUUCAGCUCAGUCGAGGCAAGAGCAAGGAGAGGGCAGAAAGCGGAGAGAUCGCUCUAGGUUUUAUUAUGCUCACUUUGGUCAGUAUUUGCCAAUCUAACCGGUCGGACUCAUGGUGAAGAGAAAGAAGACGUCGCCUACUACCGAAGAGCACGAAAAUGGCAUGACACCGGGCUCCAGAGAGGGGAUCGGUGUCGAUGGGAGGAGGAAUCCGUCCAGAAAGCCCGAAGGUUGCGACGAGGAGGAGAGCGGAGAGCAGGCGAGCGAGGAGCGCAGUACAAAGGGAGACGACGGAGUGGAAAUUCUUAAUCCAUCAGCCCCGGGUCUCAGCCCCGGUUCAGCCCCGGUCCUCCCCGCCUCUCCGCCGAACCGAACCGGACUAGGCUCAGCCCAGCAUCCCCAGACCUCCGCGGAGCCCGCCCCUCCGUGUCACGACCAGCAUCAUUUUCUCCGAUCCAGCGUUAGACCUCCGAGCAAACGGAUCCGGAAGGAUUCAAUCGGCUCGACCAUCAAUGGACAUGGCGGGGCAAAAUCGAAAGGAGCAGAGAAUGGCUCAUCCUCCCAGGGGACAGUCGGACAGUCGGGGCCUGUGGCGGGCUCCACAGGGGGAGUGUCCAAGGCCUCCAAGGGCCAAGGGUCUUCUGAGAAGGAGGAGCAAGCCGGUAACCAGAAGAGGGCCCGUCGGCAGUGGGAGUCCUGGAGCGCAGAGGACAAAAACAGCUUUUUUGAGGGGCUCUACGAGCAUGGGAAGGAUUUUGAGGCUAUCCAGAACAACAUUGCAAUGAAGUACAAGAAGAGAGGCAAGCCAGCCAACAUGGUGAAGAACAAGGAGCAGGUUCGCCACUUUUACUACCGGACCUGGCACAAGAUCUCCAAACACAUUGACUUUGCUAAUGUGUACUCCAGAGUGCUGAAGAAAUCCUCUCAAGAACUGUACGGUCUGAUCUGCUAUGCCGAGCUCCGCAAAAAAGUUGGAGGAUUAAUGGAUGAUAAGAACGUGGCAAAGCUCAAUGAACUCAUCCAACAAGGGGCCACCACUGUACGCUCCAAAGGGAGGAACCUGCGAAUCAAAGCACCCAUGUGCCGUGCACUGAAGAAACUUUGUGACCCAGAUGGUGAGCAUGUUUACUCGUUCUUCCUUUCUUUAGGUGGACGCAACCUCCCUCGCUCUCUGCUGGGGUCGACUGCGGGCAGCGACUCAGAAAGUGGUGUGUUUGCAGUACCCACCACGCUGCCUCCCAACAGCUCGCGGCACAACCGAAUGUUUUCCCCCAACAAAGAAGCUGAGUUGGCCUUCAGACAGCAGCUCGACUCUAUCAGUAUGCAGUCAGAUCUUUUCCUUUCUAGACAGAGAAAACCUCGAAACAGACAACUCCGAAAACCGCUUGUAGUUCAGCGAACACUCCUACCCCGAACUACAGGAGAUACUCCUCAGCAUGUCUGCUCCUUCUCCAUCCUCUCCAACUCCUCUGCCACAGGAACUGGAUCCUUCCGGCCAAUCCAUACUCGCCUUGCUCCUUCCUCCCGCCCCCCCCUGACCAAAGUUUCCCCUGCAGCGUCCAGCUCUGCAGCAGCCAGCCAGCUCUCCAGUGCCAUUGACCAGGCAGCUAAGUCUGCAGGUAUCAUCCCUGGCAGUCCCUGUAGGGAGCUGAGUUCUCCCUCUGUUGACAACAGCCCCAUGCUCGCCACCACACCCAUUGUUGAUGCUGAACCAGACUCUCAACUCCUUCAGCACAAUGUCCCAGAGAAUGGUGUGCCUCCACCGUCUCCUGGAGUGACCGGUGGUGGGGACUCUCUCCUCUCUCCACCCAGUGUGGCCUCGCUCCUGGACAUCUCUCUCCCUGGUCCUCCUGAAGAGCCUCUCGCCCCCGGAGAACCUCAGACACACAUCAGUGACUCCAUUAUCGAGCUCGCCAUCAACUCUGCCCACUACGGGGAGGAGGCCGCUCUCUCUCCAGCCAAGCUGAGCAACAAUGACAGCUCCAAGCUGUUGGCCUCGUCUCCGUCAGUCAGCCCAUCCAGAGGCUGGAUCCCAUCGCCCAGCCAUGACCCCCAGUGGUACCCCAGCGACUCAUCUGACUCCACACUAGGAUGCCUCCUCUCCAGCAUGGUCACUCCUGAUAAGGGCAGGCGGACCACCCUAACCCCCACGGGCCCCUCUAGCGGCACAGCUUUGCUUGGUCCUAGCCUCCUGGACUGCAACUCCCAUGAUUCCUUUCAGUCCCGUGGCCUUCCUGAUGUGGCAGAAAUGGAUUCCCAGCUUGCUUGUAUGAUGAGUGAGAGCAGCGUGGACUACAUCGCCCGCUUCAAUGACCUGGCUCAAGAACUGGCUGUGACUGAGCCCUCCAUCCCACCGCCCUGAGGAGGAGAGGACCCGCCUCCACGGACCCACGGCCACCUGGAGGACAUGGGUUUCUGAGUGACCGCAGGAGAGGUUUCCCCACUCUGUCUAGACUUAUCGCCACGCUGUUUAUUCUACUUCGGAGGAAAGACGGCUAUGGAGAAAGACCAACCCCCUAAAGCCAUCCCUGCCCUUUUUGUAAAAGUGCAAUAAUAAUGGUGAACCUUGACCAUUGUUCAAAGCGAGUUUGAAAUGAGUUGGUUUCACUGAACUGUUGUUUAAGGUGAAAUGCCCUUUAAAAACACUUUAGAAAAACAAAUGCGUUUACAAAACACAACCUCAUGUACAGGAAGAUACUAUGCCAUAUCUGAACAAAAUAUUUUCACUGAUCUUUUAUGUCUCUUCCUGCUCUUUGUGUGUGUGUGUGUUUCUUCUACUCUCGCAGAUCAACCCCCAAAAUGUGUAAAUCCACCAAAAUGUGCAGUUCAGAUCCCAGCUGGUGGCAAACAGCAGCUGAUUUUGAAAGUAAUGGCAGUGAGAAGGAGGGUGAAAGUGGUGAGAUCAUAGUUGUUUUUAUUCAGUUGUUACUGUGGCCUCGGUUGCUAAAGUAGAGCACAACAGAGCAGGGCGGGGUACAACUUAAACCCUUUUGCUACUGCCCUCCAUGUCGUGUGCUCGCGAUCAGUUCAGGUUUUAUUUGGUUACAUUUCAGGAACAUCGCCUGCCAUGUGUCUUUGGAAUCAAGUCGGUCAUUUCUU